GCUCGGCCGGCUGGAGGUGAGACAGACGAGCGGAGGGGGGAGACAGCAGGCAACAAGGCGGCCAUGGCAGCCUGAAUGACGUGGAAAGUGUUCGGAGUCCCAAAGUAACUUUGGCAGCAAGUGUUAGACGCACCUUUUCGCUCACACACAACAGUCGAACCUUUCACGGGUAACAAAACAAAACACACACAAAAAAAGCAGUAUGAGCCUGGACAAAGCCGAGCUGUGUGAUUCACUUCUAACAUGGUUGCAGACAUUUCAGGUGCCAUCAUGCAACAGCAAGCAAGACCUAACAAGUGGAGCGGCCAUCGCACAUGUGCUGAACACAAUAGACCCCUCUUGGUUUAAUGAAACCUGGCUGGCUCGGAUCAAAGAGGAAAGCGGCGACAACUGGCGCCUCAAGGUCAGCAACUUGAAAAAGAUUCUCAAGAGCAUGCUGGAAUAUUACCACGACGUACUGGGUCACCAGGUGUCGGAAGAGCAUUUGCCCGACGUGAGCCUCAUCGGUGAGAUGGGCGACGUCACCGAGUUGGGCAAACUGGUGCAGCUCGUCUUGGGCUGCGCCGUCAGCUGUGAGAAGAAACAAGAGCAAAUCCAGCAGAUAAUGACACUUGAGGAAUCUGUCCAGCAUGUCGUCAUGACGGCCAUUCAGGAGCUUCUAUCACGAGAGCCCUCAUCCGAAGCAGGAAGUCCAGAGACCUAUGGAGACUUUGACUACCAGUCCAGGAAGUAUUACUUUCUAAGUGAGGAGGCGGAUGAAAAGGAGGACUUUCGUCAGCGCUGUCGAGACCUGGAACAUCAGCUGUCCGUGGCUCUGGAGGAAAAAUUGUCGCUCCAAACGGAGACCCGUUCCUUGAAAGAGAAGCUGAGCCGCUGCGACUCGCUGGACAUCUCCGGUAGCGCCAUCACCGGCAAGAAGCUGCUGCUGCUGCAGAGUCAAAUGGAGCAGCUCCAAGAUGAGAACUACAGACUGGAGAGCAGCCGCGAUGACUUGCGCGUGCGCGCGGACAUGCUGGAGCGCGAGCUGGCCAACGUGCAGCAAAGGAACGACGAUUUGACCGGCCUGGCGCAAGAAGCGCAAGCCCUCAAAGAUGAGAUGGAUAUUCUCCGGCACUCCUCCGACCGGGUGAACCAGCUGGAAACCUUGGUGGAGACUUACAAGAGGAAGCUGGAAGAUCUGGGCGACCUGCGCAGACAAGUGCGCCUCCUGGAGGAGCGCAACACCGUGUACAUGCAGCGCACCUGCGAGUUGGAGGAGGAGCUACGCAAGGCCAACGUCUUUCGCGCUCAGAUGGACACGUACAAGAAACAGGCUCGCGAGCUUGACGCCAAGCACCAGGCCGAGGCCAUGAAAGCUGAGAAGUGGCAGUUUGAGUACAAGAACCUUCACGACAAAUAUGAUGCGCUCCAGAAAGAGAAAGAACGCCUGAUGACCCAGAGAGACGCCCUUCGGGAGACAAAUGAUGAGCUGAGGUGUGCGCAGGUCCAGCAGAAGUGUCUCAGCGACGCAGGAGGCCUGCGCGACAACGGGGCCACGGUGGGAAACCUGGCCGCAGAAAUCAUGCCCGCUGAGCUCAAGGAGACAAUGGUGCGCUUGCAGAGUGAAAACAAGAUGCUGUGCGUCCAGGAGGAAACCUACAGGCAGAAAGUAGCCGAGGUGCACGCCGAGCUCGAGGGGGCUCGGCGCAGCAACAACACCCUGGAAAGCCAAAACAGGCUGCAACACCAGCAGAUCUCCGAGCUGCGUUCGCAGGUGGAGGAGCUCCAGAAAGCUCUUCAAGAGCAGGACAGCAAGACGGAGGAUGCUAUCUCCUCCUUGCUGAAGAAGAAGCUGGAAGAACAUUUGGAGAAGCUCCACGAAGCUCACACGGACCUCCAAAAGAAAAGAGAAGUCAUUGAUGACCUGGAGCCCCGGGCGGACAGCAACAUGGCAAAGAAGAUCGAUGAACUGCAGGAGAUCCUGCGAAAGAAGGACGAGGACAUGAAACAGAUGGAGCAGCGAUACAAGCGCUACAUGGACAAGGCCAGAACGGUGAUCGAGACCCUGGAUCCAAAGCAACAGCCUGUGACUGUGACUCCGGACAUUCAGGCCUUGAAGAACCAGCUGACGGAGAAAGAGAGAAAAAUCCAUCACCUGGAGCGUGAUUUUGAGAAGAGUCGAUCCAGACAUGACGCGGAAGAGAAACUCAUCAUUAGCGCUUGGUACAACAUGGGAAUGGCCUUGCAUCAGAGAGUGACGGUUGAGCGGCUGAGCUCGCCCAACCAGGCCAUGUCCUUCCUGGCCCAGCAGAGGAUGGCCACCAAUGCCAGGAGAGGCCUCACCCGGCCCCAACCAAGAUGAGGCUUGGAAGGAAACCCUCCGGAGAGGUGCCUCCGCUGCACUCCUUGUUGUCUCCGUGCCUUUUGCAGCUUUGCCGCUCAUGCGUGCCCUCUGGUGGCUUAACGUGGUACCGUCAUGAUUUCCGGAGAUGCGACUGUUUAGUAUCUCAUGUGGAAAGAGCAAAAACUGGAACACUGCGACCUUGGUGCUUGAGGAAAAAAAAAAAAGACUGUCUCGCCUUUAGGUGACUUUUAUUUGAUUUUUUUUUUUAGAACAGUAUAUAAUCGCUUUUUAAAAACCUUUUAAAAUGUAUUUUAAGCCACUCUUCAUGACGGUAGUGUUAAGAUGUGGGAGAUGAGAGAAUGACUUCAGAGGUCCAUUAAACUCAAGUAGUGCAUAGUGAGGACACGAGGAACUGAGGAAGAAUAGAAAUGUGGCCUCGGACCACCCGUCCUACGGUAGGCGCUAAGCAACACUGAGAUACCUCCAUUUAUACACUGUACAACCAAUUGAACUUUUUUUCUUCCGGCUCCUUUUUAUGUCAAUGGGCUUAAGCUGUGCAAGAGAAGAUGUCCUAUCUUCAGUCUUGUUUUCACUUGAAUGACAUUCUCCUUAGAACUCUCGUAUGACCGACCACAAGCACUUUCCCUGAGCAGUGCGUUUGUGGAGUGCCUUCACUAAGACCGAAUCCUUCCUGUGUGCUUAAAACUUAAGCAUGGGGUGCUCACAAACCACGAACAUGGAAUCCUUCCUCCUUUUGUUAUCUUUUUCUUAAGGUGUUGGUUGAGUAGCAUGACCCACUUUGUUUGUUUCCAAUGAUGAGCUUUAUUUGCAUGCGACUUUUUUUCCUUCCCAUUUGAAGCAGGGUCCUGGGUUGUUGGUCAAACCUAAAUGCACGCACCACUUUAGAAUCUACAGAAAUGUGAAUGUAGGCCACUGAAGGCCUCCUAAUGCAUGACUAUUACACAAUGUGAUCGACAUGUCGCAACACUAAAAACUACGGAAUGCUCAUUUGGAGUUUGUCUGUUCACAAGAAAACGGAGUAUAUACACUGUAGCCUUCGAAAGAUGACACGUUUAUCAUCACUGCUUAUUUUCUACAGAUGAGCUCAUUUGAGCGUGUAAUAAUAAUAAUACAGUGCAUCCCAUGUCAAAGCUGCUGCUUUGUGUCUUGUCCUUCAUCUCUGUCAACAUAUGCUGUUGUCUCCAGCCCGACAUUUGUGUGCACAUUUUUGUGGUUCAUAACUAAGUUUGUUAGGUGUCUGUUGCCCAAUUAUUGGGAUGACUCUUAGAGUUGGUCACACAGAUGAUGGUGUACUGCACGUCUCACAAGAGGGAUCAGGCAAGCUGAACAUUUGGUAGUCUAUGUCCUUUCUACUUUUGCACUACAAAUAAAUGGGAGUUUAUGAUCGAA